GUGACGUCAUCUGAACGAGGCAAAUCCGAAAUGCGUGAAUCCGCGCAGGUUGUCCGCUCUUCUCCGCUGUCAUGCCGUCUCCGGUCCCCGUCACUCGGCUCCUGCCGCGGGAUUUCAGCCUCAGGAUCGGCGCCCUCAGCAGCCCGCUGAGCAGACACGCAGGCGCCUCAACCCUGCGCGUGCCCACCAACGCCUCUCACGAGAAGCUCGCGCGCAGACUCUGGUCGUCCGUGGUCCAGUGGCGCGAGCUGCGCGGGCUGGAGCCCAUCGGCUCGGGCGGCUUCGGCUCGGUGUUCAAAGGCACGUACUUCGGCGAGACGGUGGCUGUGAAGCACGUGCGGCACGCGAGGAACAAGCUGGCCUCGCGCCAGAGCUUCUGGGCGGAGCUGAACGCGGCGCACCUGCGCCACGACAACCUGGUGCGCGUGAUCGCGGCCACCACGAUGACCAUGACGACGACACGUGCGCUGGCGGAGGAGCGCGAGGACGAGGAAGGGCACGUGGGCACGAUCCUGAUGGAGUUCGCGGGAGACCUCAACUUGCAGCAGGUGAUCUACGGCAGCGUUGAGCCGCUACCCUCCGAGCUCUGUGUGCGCUACGCCGCGGACAUCGCGCGCGCGCUUCACCACCUGCACGUGCACAGCGUCGUGCACCUGGACCUGAAGCCGGCCAACGUGCUGGUGUCGCGCGCCGGCGUGUGCAAGCUUGCCGACUUCGGCUGCUCGCUGCAACUUGGGCAAGACCGCGAGGCGCGCGCCCGCGAGAUCGGCGGCACGUACACGCACCGCGCGCCCGAACUGCUCAAGGGCGAGCGCGUGACUGUGCAGGCGGACAUCUACUCGUUCGGAGUCACGCUGUGGCAGCUGCUCACGCGCGAGCCGCCCUACGGCGGAGAGCGGCAGCACGUGAUCUACGCCGUGGUCGCCUACGCUCUGCGGCCGGAGCUCGACAGGGAGGUUUUCCGCCGCUCCGCCGCGGGGCGCGCCUGCUCAGAGCUGCUGAGCCGCUGCUGGAGCGCAGAACCGAACCGGAGGCCGAGCGCCGAAGAGCUUCUCCCAGAACUCAGCACGAUCUCUGAACUCGGUUUUAAAGGAUGAUCUUAGGGUGGACUCGUCUUCGUGUUGGUUGCUGUAACUUCUGUAAAUAUAUAUAAUGUAAGGAUGUCUAAAAAUGAGUUGUAAAUACAUGUUUUUUACGGUUUCAAAUGGAUUUGAUUAAAACUAUUACUACGUGUGAA